GCGUGUUCCUCUCAUGUAUAGCGUGUAACCAGCGCUUUUCUUUCGAAGCUAGCUUCGUAGCUUCGCACGCCGAAUAUAUUAAAACAUUUUAUGCACGUGUUGUGAGUGAUUUUAAAAUGGCAGAAACAGAAAAUGAAAAACGAAAAGAUAAAAAAAAGUCACUCGGAGAACUGCAAGUGGCUAUGAAAUGCCAAGUUGAACCCUCCAAGGCAGCGGUAAAAUUGGAGUAUGGCAACUGGCCAUUGUUAUUCAAAAACUUUGACAAAUUAUUGACCCGUACAAAAUGUUUUACACCAUUAACCUGCGGCUCAACGCCUCUGCAUCGCAAUCUCUCUGAGUACAUUAAAUCAGGUUGCAUCAAUUUGGAUAAACCGUCAAAUCCGUCUUCACAUGAAGUUGUUGCUUGGAUCAAACGAAUUUUGAAAGUUGAAAAAACUGGUCACUCUGGUACCUUGGAUCCAAAAGUAACAGGGUGUCUGAUUGUAUGUAUAGACAGAGCGACUCGUCUUGUAAAGUCGCAACAGUCUGCAGGAAAACAGUAUAUUGCAGUAUUCAAAUUACAUUCUGCUGUUGAGAAUGUUCUUAAGGUGAAACAAGGGUUGGAAAAAUUACGCGGAGCACUGUUUCAAAGACCUCCAUUAAUAUCAGCAGUCAAGCGUCAGUUGCGAGUCAGGACAGUCUAUGAUAGUAUUCUUCUUGACUAUGACGAGGAUCGAAAUAUGGGAGUAUUUAAAGUUGAUUGUGAAGCAGGUUCUUACAUUAGAACAAUGUGCGUCCACUUAGGUCUCUUUCUAACUACUGGCUGUCAAAUGGAAGAGCUACGUCGAUCAAGGUCAGGCGUACAAUCCGAACAAGACGGAAUGGUGACGAUGCACGAUAUUCUUGAUGCUCAAUGGCUAUACGAGAACCAUGGUGAUGAGACUUAUUUACGCAGAGUAAUUAAACCUUUAGAAGCUCUUCUCGUGAAACACAAAAGAAUUAUUUUGAAGGAUAGCGCAGUAAAUGCUAUAUGCUAUGGAGCAAAAAUAAUGGUUCCUGGUGUUCUAUUAUAUGAUGAUGGAAUCGAGCUUAAUGAAGAAAUUGUGAUUGUCACCAGCAAAGGAGAAGCUAUUGCUCUUGCCAUUGCACUUAUGACGUCACCUACUAUGACUGCUUGUGAUCAUGGUGUAGCUGCUAAGAUAAAACGCGUGAUUAUGGAAAGGGAUGCCUACCCCAGAAAGUGGGGACUGGGUCCUAAGGCCUCAAUAAAAAAACGAAUGAUAAAGGAAGGCAAAUUGGAUAAGCAUGGAAAACCAAAUGAACAAACACCUUCUGACUGGCUUACAAGUUAUGUGGAUUAUUCCAAGACUGAUGCUAAUGGAGUAGAAGAUGCAGCUAGUCGAAAACGAAAACUGGAUACGACAAGUCCAACUGAUGCACCAGUGGCUGAAGAAAGUAAAGACGAAGAAACUGCGUCACCAAAAGAAAAGAAGAAGCAUAAAAAAGAUAAGAAAAAAAAGAAAGUAAAGGAAGAGUCGGAAGCUAUUGAAACUGAAACUCCAGCAGAUGCAGCUACUGAAGAAACACAAGUGAAGAAAGAAAAGAAAAAGAAGAAGAAGAAGGAUAAAGACCAAGAAGCGCCAGCCAGCGAAUAAUGAAAUUCGUAAACAUACCAUAUAACAGGCAUGCUAAAGAUAUACUUAUCAGUCAUCCUGAAGUUAUUCGGUGUAAAAUGAAAAAUAUUUCAUACUAUACGAAACAAAGUUAUAUAUUUUUAUUUACAUCCUAGAGGGGCCUGAAAAGUUCCAUUUAUGUCAACUAAACGGAGAUGCAAUUAUUACCUGCCAAAUGAAUUAAUUCCGUUCUUGAUACUACGAUACACUUACCGAAAUCAAUCUCAACUAUUUUACUAAAGAAAAUAAUAAAGUGAUAGAUUAACCAUACGUCUGUUAUGCUUAAAAUCAGAUAUUUUUAUAGUACACCAAGAGCUCGUUUCAAAUAUCAAUUUGCUCUGAACAUGCCAAACAAUUGUGGAAAAUUGAUACAUCAAUUUUCCGCCAUUAUAUUUGUAGGAUCGUUGAAAAGACAUUUCGAAUUGCACGCAUCAUUUUAAUAAAAAAAAAAAAAAAAUGCAGAAACAAUACAUACACGGUUUC